CUGCAAUGGAGAGGAUCAAUGUUGAGGAACUUUUGGACACUAUUGUUUCCCAAAUUGAAAUACCCAAACGCAACAAAGAGGCACCACUAGUUAUGUAUUCGGAUCAUUGCUUUUCCAUUAAAGGGCAGGGCACCAUUUGUACGGGCACUAUAGUACAGGGCUCCAUUGGCGUUAAUGAUUUAGUCGAAAUACCUGCCAUAAAGGAACAACGAAAAGUUAAAUCAAUACAAAUGUUUCGCAGACCUGUACAAUCCGCUGCGAUGGGAGAUCGGGUUGGUAUUUGUGUACCACAAUUUAAUGCGAAAACAAUGGAGCGUGGCAUACUGGCAAAACCAGGUUAUUUGCACAAUGUUUACGCAGCAUGUAUUCGUAUGAAUCGUAUACGGUUUUAUAAAUUUGCACUACGCUCCAAAAGUAAACUGCAUAUAACAAUUGGCCAUGACACAGUAAUGGCAAACGUAACGCUUUUCAAGAGCAUUAGCACUGAAUCAGAAGGCACUUUCAACUUGAACAACGAGUACGAGUUUAUUGAAGAACUGGAACCAGUAUCAAAUGUAGAAACGCAAGAGNCCGAGGAUGGAGAAUCAAUAAGUAGUUUUAAUCAAAAACCCAACCGAAAAAACCUGCUAUUGUACUGA